AUGAAUUACUUAAAAUUGUUAAAGAUACAUAAUAAACUUGAAUUUAUAUUUUUUGAGAAAGUUUAAGUAUAAAAAAUUCUUACUUUACCUAAAUCUGAUAUUGAAUUUCCUUCUAAGUAUGAAAACAGAUCAAUUUAUGAUUGCUUUGAAGAUAUUGUUCAUAAAGAAAAGUUGAAUGAUUGUUGGAUUGAAGGUAUUAUUAAAUAUCGUUAUUAGAGAUUAAGUGGAAAAGUACAUUGAAUUAUAUUGUGGAAAGAUAAGCUCUUAGAUAUCUUUAUCUAACUUAAUCAUAUGAAGCGCUUAAGCUAAGUACCAAAUAUGACUAUUAUGAAAAUCUUAAAUUUUGA